AUGCUGGCGGCUUUUCCUGUUCUCUGUCAAAUAAUAAACUAUUUUAAUAAACAAUAUUUAUUAAACAUCUGUGUUUCUCAGAGAGGCUGCUGGGAUGUGACUUACACCUCUAGAAGAGUCUGUGCUUUGGUGAACUCAACAGUAGAAAUUUCCUGCACAUACUCACAUCCCUCUGGUCAUACUGUAAAUAAAACAUUCUGGCAUUACGGUCCAUCUGGGGUCUUCAAGGAUCUGCGUGAGGAGCAUCAGUUUGCUGGUCGUGUGGAGUAUGUGGGGAACAAACUGAGAAUCAAAGAUCUCAAGAUCAGUGACUCUGGAGAAUAUCAAUUCAGGAUCAUCACAGACAAAAUAAACGGCAAAUACUCUGGAUCACCUGGAGUCAUUCUUACUGUUACAGGUACACAGAUAAAAAGAAGUCCAGCUGCUGUAUCAGAGGGACAGGAAGUGAUAUUAAGCUGUUCAACUAAAUGCACUCUGAAUGACAAUCAUACUUACAUCUGGUACAAGAACGGACGACAGGUAACGGAUGGAUUCACUAAAGUCAACAAGCUGUACCUGGACUCAGUCAGCAAUGAAGAGCUUCAACAGUAUUCCUGUGCUGUAGGAGAUGCAGUGAACAGCACAGUGUUCAGCCAUUAUACAGUCACUCUGCUGCUGUUUUUAACUCAGUUUCUCAUAAUAGCAGCUCUGUGGAUGUGGUUUUCCUUCAAAAUGUAUCUCACUUCAAAACCAGACUGAAAACAAAAGUGAAGGUAAGAAAUUAUACCUGGAUAAACACCCU